AGGACAUGCCUCAACGAAAUUCGUGGUGCUGUUAAAAAACAUCCCGCAUUUUACAACGGGUUUACCAAGAUCGUUUGUCACAUCGAGAAAAGUGUUUAUUCUAAGAGUUUAUUCAGAAAUUUAUAAAGAGAGUCAAGUAAAAAAUUGCAAAAAUGGUUCGACCGUCGCAUCCGCGACUUAUGGCUCGCGUGUUAGAUGCGGUAGUAAAUCUUGGCGACACCAGAGGUUCAUCAGCUCACGAAGUUCUCAGUUUUAUCCGACUUAGCAAUGUAUCGUCGAAAAAUUUGACGCUGCAGGUACAUCGAGCUUUAAAGCAUGCGGUAAAUGCUGGACUUUUACGACGUAGAAGUGGUCGUUAUAAAGCACUGGCUACAUUGAAUCCUAAUUAUGUCUCUAAUUCUGCUAGUAAAGAACCACCUGCUAGUAAGGAACCCGAUAAUAAUCAGAUAAACGACCAGAAAAAAUUGAAGUCCGAUGUACAAGCACCGAUUAGCGAUGUUGAAUCCUCUCGAACACAAAAGCGCAAGAAAAAAACUACUCGGCGACGAAAUAAUAGUAGACAUCGUAAUACUAAAGUAAGAAGGAAAUCUCGACGUUCGCCAUAUACUAGACGAUCCAAUCCCACCCAGAAUCGAAAGCGACAGCAACGUAAGCACACACACGAAAACGAUGAGGAGUUCGAGGAUCAUUCAUCUGAACAGGAUUUUUUGCAUAGAAGAGACGAUUCGCCUAUAUUAAUCAAUCGCAAAACGAAACGUUCAAGAGUAUCCAAGCGAAAACGAGAGUCCGACACCUCUGAUGAAAGUGAAUGUAACAGCGACGUGAGCCAAAAAUACAUUUUUCAAGCAAAAGAAUCACAUCGUAAAUCCAAACGUAAGGAGGCGCGCGCGAAAUCGAAGGAUAGAUCAGCAUCUCGUGCUCGAAAUCCGCAACUAAGUAAACUGGAAGAGACCGAAAAUGAUGGGCAGCGAUAUGAUGAGAAUCAUGGAUCCAUGGAACACAAUGUCGCACGUCAAGAAGAACACAAAGACGUCGAGAGAAUUCACGAACCAAACAACAGCAAUAGCGGCAGUAUCCUGGAAAACUCGAGAGACUGAUCAUAUUCUUCUAGUCUUAUUUCAUUCUACAUGUACCAAUAUUUAAUCUUCUACUGCUUCUUU